AUGGGGCACAAGCCCUUCAUGCUGAGAAGGCAAUACAGGUGCCACCCCGCCCUCGCGGACAUCCCCAACCGCCUGUUUUACGACGGGCGGCUUCUGAACGGAUGCUCCGCGGAGGAGCGGCCGCCGCUGGUGGAGGGAUGGCCCCCCAUCAGCUUUUGCGACGUGCGGGGAACGGCUCGCAGGGCGCAGGGCGGCGGCAGCUCGGCUAACGGGCAAGAGGCGGAAUGCGUCCUUCAAAUUCUUCGGCGCUUGGGGGAGGCGGGCGUUGAAGCUGCUGCCUGCGGAGUCAUUUGCUUCUUCAGAGCUCAGGUUGCACUGAUCCAAGAUCUGCUUGCAAAGUCCAGUGGUGGCCACCAGCCCGAAGCCGGCCAGCACAGUGGCUUCGACAUCCAGGUGGCCACCGUCGACUCUUUCCAGGGGAUGGAGAAAGACGUCAUCAUUUUGACGACCAGCGUCACCUCUCCCGGGCCCUUCUGCUCCGACAACAGGCGGCUGAACGUGGCGCUGACUCGCGCCAGGCAUCACCUCGUCCUGGUGGGCCACGUGCCGGCCCUGAGGCAGACGUCAAGGGUAUUUUCGGAGGUUCUGGAAGCGGGAAAGCCUUUGAGGCUCAGGGAACACCAUUCUCAUUAA